GGGGCCAGCCCGGCACCGGCACCGGGGAGCGGCACCGGCACCGGGACCCGCACCGGGACCCGCACCCGCACCGGGACCCGCCGCCCGCUCCGUCCCGCUGCAGGUUUGCGGGAACGGAGAGACGAGGGUGGGGGGGGAGGCUGGGAAAGGGGGGGCAAGCAAAAAAAAAAAAAAAAGGCAAGGAAAAAAACCCAAACUGAGCAAAACAAGGCGAAACAACCCAAAAAAAGGCCGCUGCCGGCUGGCGGAAAGCCCCCCCGGGCUGCCUGCGGCAGGGGAGGCAGCUGGGGGGGUGGGGGGGAGAAGAGGGGCUGAGCGGUGCCGAGUGGUCCUGAGCCGUGCCGAGUGGUCCUGCGCCGUGCCGAGUGGUGCUGAGCCGUGCCUGGCCGUGCCGAGCCCCCCCGGUGGAUGCUAAGCCCGGCGGCCGCCCCCCCGGGGGAUGGUGCCCAGCAGCGGGGCGCCGUGCCGCCAGCGGGGCGUCGAGCCCUGAAGCGGCUCCCGCUCGCUUUUCGCCACCUUUCCCCCCAAAACCGGCCUCGGCUCUUCGGCCGCGGGGACUCCGCUUGAGGCCGUCCUCCACCUUCCCCCCCUCUGCCGGCCCCGGCCAUGGCGCUGAGAGCCCGAGCGCUCUACAACUUCCAGAGCGAGAACAGGGAGGAGAUCAGCAUCCAGGAGAACGAGGAGCUCGUCAUCUUCAGCGAGGACUCGCUGGACGGCUGGCUGCAGGGCACCAACAGCCGUGGCGAGACCGGCCUCUUCCCGGCCUCCUACGUGGAAAUCCUCCGCUCCCGAGCGGGCUCCGGCUACACCGAGAGCCCCGGCAGCCCCGCCGGCUCCCCUGGGCACGGCUCGGCCUUCUACGCCUCGCCGCCGGGCGUCUCCUACCAGGGCAGCUUUGAGGACGAUGAUGACGACGACUGGGACGACUGGGACGAUGCCUGCACGGUGGUGGAGGAGCCCCGCGGCCCGCCGGGUGCCAAUGGGCACCCCUCGCCUGGCCUGCAGCCCCCGGCGCCGCCUUAUGGCCACCAGCCCGCCGGCUACCGGGCCAAGCCGGCGCUGGAGAGGCAGGACAGCUUGAGCUCCUCCAAGAGGGGCAGCGUGGUGGGGAGGAACCUCAACCGCUUCUCCUGCUUUGUCCGCUCGGGGGUGGAAGCCUUCAUCCUGGGCGACGUGCCCCUCAUGUCCAAGAUCGCCGAGGUGUACAGCAUCGAGAUGGGGUCGCGGGGCCCCCAGUGGAGGGCCAACCCCCACCCCUUCAUCUGCUCUGUGGAGGACCCCACCAAGCAGACCAAGUUCAAGGGCAUCAAGAGCUACAUCUCCUACAAGCUGACCCCCAGCAACAUCAACUCGCCCGUCUACCGGCGCUACAAGCACUUCGACUGGCUCUACAACCGCCUGCUGCACAAGUUCACCGUCAUCUCGGUGCCCCACCUGCCCGAGAAGCAGGCCACCGGGCGCUUCGAGGAGGACUUCAUCGAGAAGCGCAAGCGGCGCCUGAUCCUCUGGAUGGACCAUAUGACCAGCCACCCCGUCCUCUCGCAGUACGAGGGCUUCCAGCACUUCCUCUGCUGCCGCGACGAGAAGCAGUGGAAGCUGGGCAAGCGGCGGGCGGAGAAGGACGAGAUGGUGGGCGCCAGCUUCCUCCUCACCAUCCAGAUCCCCACGGAGCACCAGGACCUGCAGGACGUGGAGGACCGCGUGGACGCCUUCAAGGCCUUCAGCAAGAAGAUGGACGACAGCGUCCUGCAGCUCACCAACGUGGCCUCGGAGCUGGUGCGCAAGCACGUGGGGGGCUUCAGGAAGGAGUUCCAGAAGUUGGGCAAUGCAUUCCAAGCCAUCAGCCACUCCUUCCACAUGGACCCCCCCUACAGCUCCGAUGCCCUCAACAACGCCAUCUCCCACACGGGCAAGACGUACGAGACCGUGGGGGAGAUGUUCGCCGAGCAGCCCAAGAACGACCUGUUCCUCAUGCUGGACACUCUCUCUUUGUACCAGGGGCUCCUCUCCAACUUCCCGGACAUCAUCCACCUCCAGAAAGGCGCCUUUGCGAAGGUGAAGGAGAGCCAGCGGAUGAGCGAUGAGGGCCGGAUGGACCAGGAGGAGGCGGACGGGAUCCGCAAGCGCUGCCGCGUGGUGGGCUUCGCCCUGCAGGCCGAGAUGAACCACUUCCACGAGCGGCGCGUGGCCGACUUCAAGAGGAUGAUGCAGUCCUACCUGAAGCAGCAGAUCAUCUUCUACCAGCGCGUCAGCCAGCAGCUGGAGAAGACGUUGCGCAUGUAUGACAACCUCUAACGCACCCCCGACGUGCCUGCUUGCUGCCCCUCCGAAACCACGCAGUUUUCUCUCCGCGGCCUUGCAGAGCUUCUCUGUUUAGGGGGGCUGAGGACGAGUGGGAACUCAUGACGCUAGUGACCAAAUACUUUUGGGGUUUCCCCCAGGCGGGCUGCGGUGCCGUGCCACCGUGCAGCAGGUCCAGGGGGGAUGCGGGUGUUUCCCAUGAGACACACGGACAGCAACUUGGUGGUGCUGGUAGCUCUGCCCAGCCGUUUUUAGCUUUUCCAAAAAAAAACACCCGUCCUCCUGGAGCAGAGAGGUGGGCGCAUCCCAGCUCGCUGGGAGGAGAAAUCAAAGCGGUUGACAUUUUGCACACUGAGAGUUUUUCUGAGGGGAAAGGUCUUUAUUUGGAAGAGAAAUUUUUGUUUUGUUUUGUUUUGGGGUCAUGAGAUAUUUUCAAUAUUUUCCAUUUUUCGCAACCGUUUCUGCAGCAUUUUUACCGAUUUUUAAAUAGACACAGAAGCGAACGGAAAUCUCUUUUCUCAAGCACUGCUGUUGACUCGAAAAAGGGAUAUAUAU